UAACGCAAUAAUCAUAUAAAUAGUAACAACAGAAAGAGACAACACCGCUGCUUUAAUGAUAACUCAAACAGAUCAACACAAAGAGAAUGGUGACCACUUCAACAAAGAAAACAACUAUAAGGCUUCAACAGAAAAAGACAGCAACGCUGCUAUUAACGAUAACCAGGCAGGCCAAACAAAGUAAUGGAGGCCGCCGUCACCUAAGCAAAACCACUACUCGGUUAAGAGCUACUCACAAAGAGCCACGCACGGUGGGGCUGGUCACACAUACACAGCAGUAGUGAUGGGACGUUCUGUAUCGAGGCUUCGAAGCUUGUGUCGAGUAAUGGAGGGGGCGUUUCCGCGAUGCGCGUAUCGAGGCUUGCUUCGUUUAUGGGAGGAGCUGAAAAUGAUGACGUCCGAAGCCUCGCUGCCCGCUGUACCACGUGACUGGUUCAGGAAGUGGUUCGAACUGUGGAGCUCCACAGUAACCGGAUACACGUGACCUCCACAGUAGCCGGAAGCACGUGACCUCCACAGUAGCCAUAAACACGCAUGGAUACCGUGGAAGUCUUGCAAGUUGAUCGCAAAGAUAAAAUGAUAUGCCGGUGCAGGCUGCCUUGUAGGACAACAGGACACUUUCACUGCCCUGUCUGUAAGAUUACAAUCAUACGGCGUGGGGAUAUGGCAAGGCAUUUAUUGUCUUGUCAGCAUUCUUCAAUGCCAAGUCAGCCACCAUUAUCAGGACUGCUCCCCGCUGAACUCUCCGAGGAGACCCCUAUUCUUCCGGCAGUACUCUUUGAGGAGCCCCAUCUCCCCCCCAAGGUUUUGUCUUCGGUAUCUGAACCAUUUUCUGAAUCUUUGUUAGAACAUUCCUAUGCUCUACCCUCUGUGUUCAAUAAAACUGCAGCUGAUGGAAAGUCCAUGAAAAUGACAUGCCCUCACUGUGGCCUUACUCUUCGUACCAAAAACUACAAGGCUCACAUGAUGAGGAAGCACUCCAACCGAUCAAUAGAUGUUUCCCUGGCCAGUCAUCUGCAGUGUGUUUGUGUAGAUGAAACUACAGGGUUAUUUGCUGUGCAGAGAACUGGCCAUGGGUUUUCUGUGCCAGUUCACGUUCAGAGGAAAACAUGGGGGAUGUCUCACAAUAUCAGAUGUGAGCUGGAGGAAUGUCAGCAAUACCAGUUGCUGGCCCAGCGGAGCGGACUAGGCUUCAGUUUAUGUGAGCACCUUCGCUCACUAGAUUACUGCCGAGAAACUGUAAAGGAGGUUUUUCUUCAAGAGCACAUCGUGAUGGAAAUGGUGGACCUUAAAUUUUUUGGAGAGGCCAAAGCUGCUACAUGCAUAAAGAGACAGAAAGCUGCCCAGAUGGCACAUGCUCCACUUUGUGUGAGGGUGGAUUUUGGUGGAUCCUCAACACAGAUCUGUUUGUCUGUAUUUGAGCCGGAAAUACACAGUUUCUGCCGUCUUGGCAGAAUAUUUGUGACUUACAAUGCUCUGAGGAACACCUUGCAUUGUGCUUGUGCAAAGCCACGAAUAUCAUGUCCUCAUAAAAACAUAGCUAAAUGGCAUCUCUUCCAGACACAGAGAGACAUCUUCAAAUCAACUGUACCACUAUCAUCAGGCACCCCAUCACAGAUGACUCAGGAGAGUUCUUCCUUUGAGGACAAUGCUGCUAUCGAAAGGAGUAUCCGCUAUAUGUUUAAAGAGAAAAAAAUUCCUGGAUCUCUUCCAGAAAAUGUCAUCUCACAGAAAAUGGAUCAUCAGAAACAGCUCUUUCCAUGUGAAACGUUGUGCCAGGUUUGCCCAGAGCACCCAAAACUUGAUGAGGCUGUUCUAGUUACCAAUAAAGCGAGGAUUGUCAGCAUGAUGGGAGUGAUUGAGAAUGUUUCAACACACCAUAGAUCGUGUCCUCGGUGCCACAUGGUCUACAGAUACCAGGAGUGGACAGAUGGGCUUCACAACUUUGACAACCACGUUGUUUUGUGUCUUGAACUCUGCCUUUUUUUGAGAGAAAAUCUGCAGAACCAUGUAUCCGCUUCAAGGGUCAUUGACUCAUUGGAGGGCUUAAGAAGAGUGAAGUUUCCUUCUAGGGAUACCAUUUUUCAUGCUUAUUGCCAUUUUGAGGCUUUGACUGACACAGACUACAUGUACUCCUGCAUAAACUGUGGGUUUCAUCCCCCUGUGGUAGUUAUGGACUUACACAGAAAAGGGGUGUUCAAGUUAGCAGUGAGUGACCUCAAAGCCCCGGAAGACUUCAAUGGUGAACAUGACAUUGAAGGUUUUUGGAACUCUAUUCACCUGGAAAUGAUAAGCCGUGGGUUUUUUCCAAGCGGCGUGAAGAAUCCAUUUUCAGUUCCACCAAGUUACACGCACUGGGCACCAUGGAUCGGGAGUGAAACUCGAACAAGUGACAUUGUGCUUAACACAGAGUUUCAAAAAGUAGGAACAAGCUCUUCACAUGAAGCAAAGCUUAGCAGUGUCACAGAAGACCGUCUGUUGGAUGAACUCGCCAAACAAAAGGUUGGAGUGGUAAGAAAAUUGUGUAAAGCAUGCAACAUCGACUCCAAAGGCUCCCGCUUUGAUCUCAUCACCAGACUGAGGGAGAAGAUGAAGAGCAGGCAGACAUAUGAUAAGGAGGAUGGUCUGUAAUACUAUGUCCACAUGGCAUUGUAUACAGUGUUAAAUUUAAUCUUCGUGCUGAAAGUCCCCGGGAUUUUGCUGACCUUCUCCUGUCCUGGAAGCACAUGCCAAACGUCUGUGUUUACGAUUUUGCGAGGGGUUUGGUGGCACACACCAAUUUGCGGGUUCCUGAUAAACUGCCAUUUCAUCCACAUGAAGGUCGACUGGCUGAGCCCACUGAGGAAAAUGUCAUGGCUGCACAGGAUGGAAGCCUGAAAGUGAAUCUUCCAUGGCUACAUGAAAGGAUGGAUAGUGUAAAUGAAAAUCCUCAUCCUGUCACUGGAUCAUCUGACCAUUAUGUCCUGUAUGACAGAUUUCACGAGGGAAAUACAAAAGAUCCCAAGGACAUAUUACGCAGAAUUCAACUUGUCCCAGAGCUGAAAGGCUGGCUGAACAGUCAAGUUGUUGAACAGUUCUUUGCAAACAUGAGGAAAAGCAAUUACUUUUUAAGUAAUAUGAGUCCAUCCACACGUGUUUCUGAUGAGAAAUAUAACUCAUCAUUAUAACACUGUCACCAACAAGAAACUUCUGGAGAGGCAGCUAAGACAUGGUCGACUUGGAAAGAUCAAUAUCUCAUUGUCGGCACUGGGUCAAGCUGUCGUAGCCCCACAGGUGUGCAAUAAACCCAGAGAAACCACAGAAACGGUGUUGAACCCAGCACCUUCAAUGUCUGGUGACACUGAACCUCAGGUAAGAGUUGACAACAAGAAAGCCAAUAGAAGGUCAACAGAUGCAACUUUUCCUGACCUGUGUGGACCACCGUGCGAAGCUCUGACAAAGCCUGAGAACAUUUUGGCCAGCCGUUCAUCAUGGUGUUUUGUACCGCACCCUGGCCAACAACAGCUUCUCAACUAUGUUCUGGACAUCAGCAGACCCAAAGAUGAGCUGAUUGUUGAAACGUCUUCUGGAUGCAUCACGCGGGCAGAUUUUUGGACACUGGGUUUAAACAAACAAAUGGAAUCGACUAUUGGAAAUGGCUGUUUUGAGCUUAUCACUAAAAUUGUUCAGUCAAAGGGGAUAAGCAUUUACAUAGAAAAUCUGUAUGUCACCCGGACUUGGCUUGCACCCUAUGGCUGUGAUCCAUUGCAGUCCUUUCCUACUGAUGCUCAGAGGAUGGACAUCAUAGUUCUCCCUCUCUAGACACCUGGUCAUUUCCAGUUGUGUGUACUGAAGCCACCUAAAAGAGAAAUCCUCUUUCUUGACCCAUUAUACACAAAGGCAGGAUUUGGUGGCCAACAAUAUGUUUCACUUUUGAGGAAUCUUGCAGUGAAGCUCAUUCCCGGGCAGUGGUCAGAAAAAAAGAGCUUUGACUUGAAGGGUUUUUCAAGCCAAGACUAUGGAGUUGACUGUGGGAUCUUCAUGCUGAUGUCUGCUCUGUACGUGGCACUGGAUGCACCAUUUGACUAUACUAUAUCAGACAUGCCCUACUUGCGUAAAUGGUGGUGCUUGCUGUUGAUGGAGAACUUUGAUCUCAGAAGCUCUGGCAAGCUAUUUGCACACUGGAGAGAGGAAGCCAAAGCUGUGCUUGAAGGACAACACGUGCCCAUUUUCAGACUGAAAAAGCACAAGUUCCAGGAAGUCAGUCAGAAGCCAGCAGUUGUUGAAGAUCUGCGUCCUGCUGUGCAGUGGGUUGUCCAAAAUAAGGCACUUUUCCGUGGACACGUAACAAUGCCAAAAUAUCUGUCCUUAAAUCAAGGGGACCAGCAGAGGGUCUUAAGAGACAUGUCAGAGGAAGAAGACACUGGAGCAAGGGACUUGUUCCUCUUUGUUUUUCAGUUUGCAGAGGACAUGGAGCUCUUUUUGAAAGCAUGUGCUGAUGAGCAGGGACUAAGGGUCAGUGCUAUGUUUGACAUGUAAUGGACAAAUAAAGGCACUGGCUGUUUGUUAUAUUUGUUUCUUUCUUUAAUAUGUCGUUGUUGUUGUUUUUGUUUUGUUUUUGCAUAGUACAAAAUUCCAAUUAAACUUAUUUCAAAAUGUU